UACCCAAAAUGAUAUUCCAAAUGGAAGCCACGGAACCAAGAAGAGUCCUCCACCAAACACUUCAUUCUUUUUCUUGAAAAAAAAAAAAAGAAAAGCCCCAAUACUCUCUCUCCCUCAUGGGCCUGGGUCGCUACUCGCAAGCCACAAAACAUCCGAAAAAAUAGCAAAUUCCCCGCCCCCCGCCCGCUAAAGAAGAGCCCAUUUGCACUUGCAGUUUUAUGGUUUCACCUCAUUCAUCAUGCCAAAAAACAAGGGCAAAGGGGGCAAGAACAGGAAGAGAGGAAAGAAUGAGGCGGACGACGAGAAGCGAGAGCUGGUUUUCAAAGAAGACGGCCAAGAGUAUGCCCAGGUUUUGCGCAUGUUAGGUAAUGGCCGCUGUGAAGCCAUGUGCAUUGACCAGAACAAGAGACUCUGUCACAUUAGAGGGAAAAUGCACAAGAAGGUCUGGAUCACCACCGGCGACAUUAUCCUCGUUGGCCUCCGGGACUAUCAGGACGACAAGGCUGAUGUCAUCCUCAAGUACAUGCCCGAUGAAGCCAGGCUCUUGAAGGCUUACGGUGAGCUGCCGGAUAACGUCAGACUCAAUGAGGGGAUCGCUGGAGAGAUGGAUGAUGAUGAUGACGGCCAUGGUGAUAUUAGCUAUCUUGAGUUCGGGGAUGACGACAUUGAUCAGAUUUAACUCUCAAGGCCAACGAUAGUGAUAAAGCCUGGACCAGAGCUUUUCUUUCAUCCUGGACCAUUUUUUGCUAUUUUCAAUGCCAAACUCGUUUGUUUUAAGCUCGUUUCUGCGCAUAUUCGGACGAGUCCAGACAUGUUUCAGCAUUAGGAGGAAAUGCACGUACUCGGAGCCUGCAUCACAAUGUCCCACACUCAGUUUGCCUUUCUGCUCAAAAAAUACUAACCGUCGUGUGCUAGCAGCUACCAAGAUUUCUGAGACGUGAGAAAUUGAGAUAUUUCGCUGCGCCAACGUGGCUGAUGAAACGAUCUCUUCACUAAAAUAGCAAAAGCGAAAAAUGGAGUUUUAACAUCACACGCCGUCUUGAAUCCGCUCAUUUGCUUUGAUCAUCUCUCUCAUUUCUCUUUUAAAGUGAUCGUCUGUGAUUUUUGUACGCAAUGAAAUAUGUAACGACAAGCUAUGCAACACACCAAUUUCACAAAUAAAAACAGGAGGUGAAAGAAUGUGGAAUCUUGAA